AUGUCUGACCAUCCUGCCUCACCCCUCCUUGGCGAAGCAGGCGCCGAACAAUCAAGAUCCGAGAGACCUCCAUCCCAGAAGUCGAAAACCUCGACGAAAUCAAAACAUUCAAACCAGUCAAAUCUCUCAGAGGAGUCGACUCCUCUUCUCCCACAAGACGCGACUAAUCGCAAUUACGGUGAUGCACCAACGCAUGACGAAUCCCCCUCAGCUGCUGCCUCAUCGUUAAGAUCAUUACAAAAUGGGGGACCGAGUAAAGAGAAGUCUUCUCGAAGAUGGCCAACAAUCAUUGCAUUGACAAUACUGGGUCUUGUGAUUAUCGUUAUACUUUGUCUGGGUUUUGCCGCUCCAGAGGUAGUAGAAGAGUAUGCGAGAGAAGCCAUGGUCUUUGAGCCUACAGAUCUAUCAAUAGACUCCUUCACAUCAACGGGCGUAAGAGCAAGGAUACGGGGUGACUUUACACUUGAUGGGUCAAGAGUUCAAAAGAAACCUGUGAGGGACCUAGGCCGUGCCGGGACAUGGAUCGCAAGAGCUGUGGAAAGUAAGCGUUCGAACGUCAAGGUCUUUUUACCGGAGUAUGGGAAUCUUUUACUUGGAACUGCGGAUGUGCCCCCGAUCGUAAUAGAUAUCAGGGAUGGCCAUACUACGCAUCUCGAUUUCCUGAGCGACCUUAAAGCUGGAGACCUGGAUGGUAUACGGCGAAUGGCCAAUGAUUGGUUAGAAGGAAGGAUUGGGGAUUUGAGCAUCAGAGGUGUUGCAGACGUUCCGUUAAAGUCCGGCAUAUUUGGUUUGGGUACACAGAGUCUUGCAGAGACAAUCAUGUUCAGGAAGCACCAACUCCCUACCAUACCCAAAUACAACAUAACGAAGCUGAAUAUUCAGGAACUCAAGCUACCGAACGGUGAAAGAGGUAUGACAGUAGAUGUUUCGCUCGCGUUGAAGAAUGAGUAUCCGGUCAAAUUAGCGGUACCUUCACUUGGCUUUGAUAUCUUGGUCCAAGGCUGUUCUCCGGACGGACCUUACCUAAGGCUUGCAGAUGCAAGGACCGAGGAGAUCCAGCUGCAGCCCAAGAAAAAUGUUGAGGUCCAAGUUGGCGGGUUUAUCCAGAAGUUACCUGAAACACUCCUCGCCACGUGCCCACAGACUCAAAAAUCACCGUUAGACGCUCUUCUCGGCGAGUACAUCCGCGGGGAUGAGACAACUAUCUAUGUUCGAGGUUCAAGCUCUGCAUCAGGCAAUACACCUGACUGGGUGAACGCGCUUAUCCAGAGUAUUACGGUUCCCGUUCCCUUCCCGGGGAAGAGCUUUGAUAGUCUCAUUCGCAAUUUUUCCUUAGCGGACGUCCACUUUACUCUGCCGGAUCCGUUCGCUACACCUAACACGCCCGAAGCUUCGCCCAGGAUAUCUGCAACUGUCAAAGCCCUCGUUGGUCUGCCGGCAGAAAUGAACUUCCCAAUCGACGUUGGCCGUGUCCGUGCAGAUGCCGACGUGUAUUAUCAUGAAAAGAAGCUCGGCCGUCUCGACCUGAAGAAAUGGCAGAAAGCGAACACGACACGAAUUGAGGCACACGACGAUAUCGAAGCAGGUUUAGCCGUCCAGUCCACAGUCAAGAACGCUCCUUUGAAGAUAACCGAUGAUGAUGUCUUCACAGACGUUGUGGAAGAUUUGAUUUUCGGUGGCAAGCCGGUGGUGCUGGGUGUCAAGGCUGAAGUGGAUGUAGAAACAGAGACAGCGCUUGGGAAAUUUGUUGUGCGAGAGAUUCCGGCUGAGGGAAAGGUUUUUGUCAAGCCAAUAUCCGGUGGAGACCUGAAAGGAUUCUCACCUCAAGUUGGCUCCUUACGCAUUCUGGAAACCACGAGGUCAACGCUCUCGUUGGAAGCUAAAAUCAACAUAACGAAUCCUACCGAAUAUUCCGCGAUCGUACCGUAUGUGAAUAUCAAAAUGCUAAGCAAUGGCACAGAAAUCGGCCAUGCAACCGCUCGACAUGUCUCCGUCGUACCUGGGCCGAAUCACAACAUUCUCGUCGAAGCUCUUUGGGAUCCUUUGACUCCAAGUGGACAGAAGGGACUAGCUCAAGGAAAAGAGCUCCUCUCACAGUAUAUAUCUGGCUUCAAUACAUCCCUCACUCUCGCCACCCACGCCGGCACGAUCCCUCACCAACCCAACCUCGGCAAGGCCCUCUCCUCCCUCUCCAUCGACAUCCCAACCCCCAAGCUCACACCGCCCAAAAACCCAAACCGGGACCCAGACGAUGAAGGUGACAACGACCGGGACCCCAACGCCCCAAAGUUCAUCGACGACGCUACGUUCCAUCUCAUCACCUCCACCGCAACCUUCACCCUGCUCUCGCCCCUUCCUCGUUCCACCAUCACGAUCACGUAUCUGAACGCCACGGCUUACUACAACCACACGGAAGCCGUGGGCGCCAUCCUGUACGAAUUGCCCUUCGAGGUGCCGCCCGGUGCGAGCACGAGCCCGAGGUUGCCCGUCGACUGGGACCUGGGGAGUGUGGGGUACGAAGCUGUCAAGCAGGCGCUUGGGGGCAGGUUGAAGCUGGAUGCGAGGGCGGACGUGGGGAUUGGGGUUGGGUUGUGGCAGCAACGGGUCUGGUUUAUGGGGAGGGGUGUUGGGGCUGGGGUGAGAUUGUGA